UAGAUUGGAAUUCCGAUUUCACUGCUGCGAAGUUCUGUGCUAUUCUUGGCACCAACUAACAUUGACUCCACAUCUUCAGACUUAUUCUAUCAGCAAGUGUAUAGGCACUAACAGGUCAUUGGCUAUGACUGUGUGUGCUUAUAAAAGUUUUUCGCUGAUUAAGUUCGUGUGGUUAUGAUAGUCCUACGUUGAUUAUGUCCGUGUGGUUAUAACAGUUUUUCGCUGGAGGAUGGACAAUUGGACACUUUAACCUCACAUCGACUCCAGAUUUCCCGAAUAAGCCAACCGUCACUGGACAGGAACUGGACAUUAUGCAACAUACCGCGUCAUAUACAAAUCAUCGUGAUUCCCUUAACCGUAUAAUUCUCAAGUGUGGAGCAGAAAACGUGUGGGCCACCAUAUGAUGUAGACACAAGUAACACAAAUGAUAUCUCCGGCCUGUAGCUAUUUUGGAAUUGCCAAUAGUGUUUUGACAAGACAAUGGCAAGGAUGAGUAAAUGUAAAUCAAGAUGAAAUACAAUUUAGAGAUCAGAGGAAAUUAUUGUUAAUUUGACAACACCGUGGAGAGUGGUUGUGGAUCAAUAUUCCAUUAAUUGACAACACCGUGGAGAGUGGUUGUUGACCAAUAUUCCAUUAAUUGACAACACCGUGGAGAGUGGUUGUUGACCAAUAUUGGAUUAAUUGACAACACCGUGGAGAGUGGUUGUUGACCAAUAUUGGAUUAAUUGACAACACCUUGGUGAGUGGUUGUUGGCCAGUGUUGGAUUUAUUGACAACACCGUGGUGAGUGGUUGUGGAUCCGUGUUGGAUUUAUUGGUGGAGCUCUGUGGAUUAUUUGAGGUCGUACUUGUGUGCCCUGUAAGAGAACAUACGUGUGCGUAGUCGGUACCUGAUAAAUCAGAUCAUCAUUACCAUGUUCGAGGUUUCUAUUGGGGAUAUCGAGCGGUUGUACACUUUCCAGAAGUGGGCGGUACCCGUGGUAGUAGCGUUCGGUCUGCCACUAAACCUACUCAGCUUCUACUUAUUCUGGCGAACCAAGUUACGGAAGGCGUCGUCCUCUAGGUACAUGGCGGCCAUGGCUUUGGCGGACAAUGGCUUCCUUUGCAGUAAGAUGCUCGCACACCUGCCGAUGUUCGAAGUUCCCGUCUACCACAUGCACGGCUCGUGUCAGAUAAUCAUGUAUUUAAACCAUGUGUCCACGUUCCUGGCAAUCUGGUUCCUCGCUGCCCUUGUUAUAGAGAAGAGUAUAGGUAUGUGCUGGCCCCGUAAAAAGUCUAACUUCUGUACUGUAUUCCGCGCUAAGUGUGUGAUAGCGGCCCUAACUGUGCUAUCAAUCGUCUGUUAUCACUACAUCACGUGGACAAUAGGGCCUAGUACAGACAAAUUGUAUUGUCUGCCUUGGCCUGACGAUAAUCUUCUACAACCAUUUGAAAAACUUACUCGAAUGGAUGCUUUCCUCGUAGCCGUUAUACCACACGCGACAAUAUUUGUGUUAUCGUGCCUUAUUUCGGUGAAGACUUGUAUAUACUACAGUCAAUCUAAGUCACCGGAACAGGAACAAUUUGUCCGGCGUCAGAGGACAUGUCUUCCCCAGGAAAAGGAGUUCCGGACGACACCAUCUCUCCUCUGUGUUGCCUUCACUACUGUGCUACUGGACGUGCCAAAUAGUAUCAUCCGGGUCUUCUUCAUUAUGCACCCCAUCUAUAGUCCAGUGGCUUCAUUCCUCCAGUUUGUCACAUACUCUAUAAAGACAGAGAUUUAUUUCCUUUCCUCCUCACAGUUCCGAAUGGAGGUAUGGCGUCUAAUCGCAAGAAUAGCUCGAUUUUGUAGGAUCAUAGAACCUGAAAACGACACCCAAACCGUCAGUCAGCAGACGGACAAUGGCGGUGAAAUCAUCGUCGAGGGAAAGGUUUAGAUCAGCAGUGGCGGGCCGUGUGACAUGCGGAGUGUUUUAUCAAAUGUUAAUCUUAGACCAGACGUACAAAUGUACCACGUGUUGAGAAACUGGAUACGGUGUCGUUUUGUGUAUCAUGGAAUCUCUUCAUUACUAUCCAAUAUAGCUGAUUAGCCCAUGCUAUAGUCCUCAAUGAUUAUAGGCAUAGGGCCUCCGUGUUCAAUCCAACACACUAUUGGCACGUGUAACAGUAAUGUGGCAUGUAUUUUAUUCCGGAAGUAAAGUUUUUACGUAACUUAACGCACGGUACAUGGUGCAUGGUACCGUAGAGCGAGUUGCCUUCCAAGGAAGUGACGAAUCAGUAAGUAAGAUGGCAUGUACAGGAAGUGACGUUUAUAUGUUAAACGAGCAUUGUGUCAUAUCCGGAAGUGACGUAUUCUAUAAGGGAAAUGACAUUUUGUGUGUCUAAGUCUCAAAAGGGCCUACCACGUAUUAACGAGAUACCGUAUAACAAAUAUAAAUACGUAAUUAAUUUGUAACUUGAUUUACCCGGUAUGUGUCACAGUAUCACAGGGAAGUGACACAUUGUUAAAUUGAUUUGAUUGAACCAAGGUCACAAGCCGACGGCCAUCUAGUGCUACGGGGAAGUAGUACAAAUCGGGAAAAUUAGUGUCAUGUGACCAUAAAAUGUCGCCAUGUAAUCAUGUACGAUGUUUUAUGUUUUCUUGAAUUGAACACCUAAGUACUAAUUGAAAUAUAGACAUUAAUCAAGUAUUAUCUGUUUAUAUUGUACAAAGCCUACUAUUAUCCUGCUGUCAUUAUCAAAAGUAUCAUAUUUUGUUCCCAGGUUAAUAAUCAGAUCUAAAACAUGUUAUAUCAAUCAAACUUUUCACUCUGUCAUGAUAUCCAGAGGGAGUCAAACUAUCUGUCUCCCGAGGGAACCGAACUAUCUGUCUCCCGAGGGGGUCAAACUAACCAUCUCCCGAGGGGGUCAAACUAUCUAUUUCCCGAGGGGGUCAAACUAUCUGUCUCCAGAGGGAGUCACACUAUCCAUCUCCCGAGGGAGUCAAACUAUCUUUCUCCCGAGGGGUCAAACUAUCUGUCUCCCGAGGGGGUCAAACUAUCCAUCUCCCUAGGGGUCAAACUAUCUAUCUCCAGAGGGGGUCAAACUUACUAUCUCCCGAGGGGGUCAAACUAUCCAUCUCCCGAGGGGACCGAACUAUCUGUCUCCCGAGGGGGUCAAACUAACCAUCUCCCGAGGGGGUCAAACUAUCUAUUUCCCGAGGGGGUCAAACUAUCUGUCUCCAGAGGGAGUCACACUAUCUUUCUCCCGAGGGGUCAAACUAUCCGUCUCCCGAGGGGAUCAAACUAUCCAUCUCCCGAGGGGGUCAAACUAUCCAUCUCCCGAGAAGAUCAAACCAUCUUUCUUCAGAGGGGGACACUAACUAUCUACCGCGGGGGGUCAAGCUGUCUCCCGAGGGGGUCAAACUAUCCAUCUCCGGAGGGGGUCAAACUAUCUUUCUCCCGAGGGGGUCAAACUAUCUAUUUCACGAGGGGGUCAAACUAUCUAUCUCCCGAGGGGAUCAAACUCUCUAUCUCCCGAGGGAGUCAAACUAUCCAUCUCCCGAGGGGGUCAAACUAUCCGUCUCCCGAGGGGGUCAAACUAUCCAUCUCCCGAGGGGGUAAAACCAUCUAUCUCCAGAUGGGGACACUAACUAUCUACCGAGGGGGUCAAACUAACUAUUCCCCGAGGGGGUCAAACUAUCUGUCUCCCGAGGGGGUCAAACUAUCUGUCUGCCGAGGGGGUCAAACUAACUAUUUCCCGAGGGGGACACCAACUACAUUAUAUAAUCUCCCGAGGGGAUCAAACUGUCUGUCUCCCAAAGGGGGGGUCAAGCUAUCUAUCUCCCUAGUGUAUCAAGCUAUCUAUCUCCCUAGUGUAUCAAGCUAUCUAUCUCCCGAGAGGAUUAUCAAACUAUCGGUCUCAGAGGAUUAUCAAACUAUCGGUCUCAGAGGGUUAUCAAACUAUCGGUCUCAGAGGGUUAUCAAACUAUCGGUCUCAGAGGGUUAUCAAACUAUCGGUCUCAGAGGGUUAUCAAGCUAUCUAUCUCCCGAGAGGGUUAUCAAACUAUCGGUCUCAGAGGAUUAUCAAACUAUCGGUCUCAGAGGGUUAUCAAACUAUCGGUCUCAGAGGGUUAUCAAGCUAUCUAUCUCCCGAGAGGGUUAUCAAAUUAUCGGUCUCAGAGGGUUAUCAAACUAUCGGUCUCAGAGGGUUAUCAAACUAUCGGUCUCAGAGGGUUAUCAAACUAUCGGUCUCAGAGGGUUAUCAAGCUAUCUACAAAGUAUCUCCCGAGAGGGUUAUCAAACUAUCGAUCUCAGAGGGUUAUCAAGCUAUCUAUCUCCCGAGAGGGUUAUCAAACUAUCGGUCUCAGAGGGUUAUCAAACUACAUGUAUCAGCCUCCCUGGGUAACCAAAUAAUCAGUCUUUCGGGGUUAUCAAACUAUCGGUCACCUGGGGUUAUCAAACUAUCAGCCUUCCUGGGUAACCAGACUAUCGGUCACCUGGGCGACCCAGUCACGGGCGAACCAGUCACGGGUGAACCAGUCAUCCCCCUCGCAAAGAUACUAAGCACCACACCAAAAUGUUUAGAAAGGUGAGAAAAGAGAAGUUCACGAAAAGUCGCCUCCUACGAGCCGUGCAAUGUGGACAGCAUAAUAAAACUAUUUUUGAAUUAUGUUGUCCAAGUUAAUAAAAGUAUAUGUAAAUCAAGCGAUACAUUCGUUUAUUUUUUCGUAUAACAUAUUUGUUAUCUCAAAAUUAUCUAUGCAUAAUGCUCCCCCACUGGUUCUAGUGAUAAUUACUCUACACACCUUACUGUCUCCUAGUUGGGGACAGCUGCUGAUGGGUUUGGGGUUUACGGGAACGACAAAUUGGUGUAGAUAUGAUAGGUAAACUGUCUAUAAUCAUGUAAGUCAAUAGUAUUACAUACCUAGAUUAAUAAAAAUGGAAUAAAUUGUACAGAA